GAGGUCGAUCAGUUUCUUUCAGCUCGUGGCUGAGCAGACGAUGGUGAAGACUGGUCGGUUGGGAGGACUUAAUUGGACCGUUCAGGAAACUGGCCUAUGGAUAUGGCAUUCGAUGAGCGUACUAACUCAGCGGCAGGCUGGCUGGCAGCCAGGACCAAUGAACCGAGUGAGGGUGGAAGAGUUUUUCGCUGGCAACUUCCAUUACAAUUAUGCUAUGCGAGUCCAGUCAAAAUAACAGUAGUGGGGGGAACGACAUUGGGAAGGAGCUAACAAGGCUCGUGGCUGUACAGAGUCACCUGCUUGGCACCUGUUUAAAACUCGAACCUCGAGGUUUUCUUUCGUUUUCAUCACCCAAGCAGCUACACAAUCAGAAUCUCCGCUUAUUCCUACCUUAUGCUCAUCACUCUUAUCUCUACACUCUACACUUACUCUACAACCAUGGCACCUUGGAGCACUAUCAACAAGCGUGGUCUGUCUGCAGUUGCUUUGCCUACGCCCAGCGCGUCCGCAGCUGCUUCGUCUAUGCCAAAUCCCUCGGCAGUCGGUGUGCCAACAUGUCAAGUCAAGCCAAAGAGGACCUCAAGAAAGAGUAGAAAGCAGGCUCCAAGGAAGCGUACAAAGCAAGCUCCCAAAAAGGGUACAACGCAGGUUCCGAGGAAAAGUCCAAAAGAGCCAACCACUGCAAAGAUGAACCUCCGCAUCUCCAAGCUCAAGGAAGAAAUUAGCAAGGCCGGUGGUCAGGUACCAAAACCUUCAGGUCUCUCAAUUAGCAACGAUUUCUUCUCGAAGGUCUCACUCCAAGGCUUUCCAUCUACCUUGAGUCGCUCACACUGUGGUUACAAUGCCGACGAGCGCGAGUUCAUCUGGUGCGCCGCAGACGACUGGGAUCGUGAACUCAUCGCAGUAUAUCUCGGUCGCAACGAACAAGCAAUCCGCCUCGAGCUGAUGAAGAUCAGGAGAAGGCUUGCUGCUCAGCGUCUUCUGGCGCAAAAUGGAGCCUCUUCUUCGGUUCCGGCUGUGCCUACUAGUUCUGGUCUCCAUCAGGGUGCCGCAGACUCGGCGUUGGCUGUCGCUGGUCCUUCUCACUCGAACACUGAUGUAAGUGUCGACGGUCCUUCUGACCCAGACACUGAUUCUGGAUUGGAUAUGUCUUUCGAUUCGACUACUGAGUGCGCACCAACUGGCUUCUCCGAGCGCAGUGUGGCCAUAUCUCCCAGCGGAAAUAUCACGGCUACUCCCCUGUUGCCUUCGCCUGGAACCUGGAGGGGCUUUACAAACGCCUUCGACAAGGACUUCUUCGGACAGUGCGCCCUGACGCCCGAGGACCAAAGAAGGCUGAGACGAGCAGAGGAAAUUCAUCACUCUCUACCGAAGGGCAAGGUUGUUUCAUGGAGGCUGACUUCGGACUACGAACGGGGGCUGACUGCUUGGCAGAUGCAAGAUAUGAGCAAAGGUCCUCUGAACAUCUUGGCCGAUGCUGCGGUUGCGCAAGGCUCUUCUGCUAUUUCCAGGUCAGCUCCUCCUACCAGACCAGGACGCGGAAGAUAGCAGCACGCUCUUGAAGUCAUGGGUGUUAUCUAAGGGAACUCGGCGUACGGAGUCUUGGGAAAUGGUGGAUGGAACAUUCGGCGUUUGGCGUUUGGCGUUUGGCGUUCGUCUCUUGUGUUGUGCACGCUCUUUAUUCUGUUCUCUCUUUUAUUCCUUCUUCUGUUCCUUCUUUUGUUCCUUCUUCUA